GUGAGAUUUCAAAAAUGAGUUCUCUAGGAAAUAGCAAACUCAAAGAUCAAAGGAAGCAGAAAAGUCCCAACUACCAUUAUACUCUUGAGACUUCUCUACCUCUCUCCCAAUUCUCUCUCUCUCUCUGUAGAAAACCCCCAAGUCUCUGUGUUUCUGCAUGGCACCUAAGCGCCCCUCCAAUGCAAUGAACAAUCCCCAGUCGUCGGAGGAGGAGGAGGAGGACGAGGAACCGUCGUCGUCGGAAUAUAAAACAGCCUCUGAAUCCGACUCCGAAACUGAGUCCGACUCCGGCUCCGUCGGGGAGACAGGAGUGGCCAAUGCCAAGCCUAUUGCUUCCAAGCACGUGGAGAAGGUUACGCCGCCGCCCAAGGCCACCAAGCCCCCCGCUAGUCAGGCGGCAGCGAAACCCGGUACCAAGCGGCCCGGCGGCGAGAGUGAGUUGAUUAAGGAGUCCAAGAAGGCUAAGAAGAAGAAGAAGGGAAAUGAUGAAGAGGACUUGAAGAAGACCAAGAAGAGGAAGGGAAAUGAUGAAGAGGAUUUGAAGAAGGCCAAGAGGAAGGGGAUUGAUAAAGAGGACGAUGGUGUAGAAGAGGAGUUGGAGAAACCCAAACAGCUGUUCCAGAGGGUUUGGAGCGAGGAAGAUGAGAUCGUUUUGCUUAAAGGCAUGAAUGAGUACACUAUGGAGAAAAGGUUGGACCCUAGUGCAGAUGUGAAUGCAUUUCUUAACUUCAUCAAAGACAAGUUGAAGUUGAAUGUUAGCAAGAGCCAGUUACAGGACAAAAUUCGCAGAAUGAAGAAGAAGUUUGAGAACAUUGUGAACAACAAGUACAAACCGACCAAUCCUCAUGAAUGGACGGCUUUCGAGUUGUCGAAGAAUGUGUGGGGAGAUGGUGAAGAUCUAGCUGGGAAGGUGGAACAGCUCAAGUCUAGCGGGAAUGAUCAGAAUAUGUUGAGGGACGUUCUUGGGUUUGAUAACGGUUUCAAAGAGCUUCUGUUGUCGGAAACUAUUGUGAACCAAGGUCUGGAGUGGAUUGGGGAAUCAAACUGUGCUGAGCUGCUAAAGGAUAGGUGGAACAAACUGCAUGUUGCUGAAUUGGAGCUUUUUGUUAUGAAGGCUGAGCUUAUGAGAGAUCAGGCCAAGUUGAUAUUGGAGGCCCUUAAGUCAUCAAAUCAUUAGAAUGGUGGUAAGGAUAACUCUGUAAGGGAAGAUGAUCAUAAUUUGACUUUUGUUUGUGGAAUCCAUGGUGGGUAGGCAUAAUCGAUCCUAGGUCUAGAAAGCUUGAUUGUACUUUUUGUUUUGUUCGUGGAUUUCUACUUCUACUUUAGGGUUGAAGAAGUAAAAAUAUAUUAGGCCAUGUAUUUAAAUUCCCUAUGUCUAUUUUGACCAUGAAAUGAUGAUCGAAUCUUUUAUCAAUUUCCUGCACUUUUCUAAGUCCCUGACUUUAUUUUUACAUGCUUGUUUCCUGUCAAUUCCUAGCUCUAAAUUACCAGUCAUAGCUCCAAAUCCACCAAAUUCUGAUGGAAAGUUGCAAUGUAAUCCUGCACUCCAACCAAAAGGUAUGAGGACUGUUUCGUUAAAGAUUGACAUUUUGAUAUAAUUGCAUAAUAUAAAGUUUGGGAGAGGUGUAAACAUGAUAUAUGUGGAACUUUGAAGUAAUUUACAUUUUUGAUGUUUGAUCUCCAUUGUUCUCGUUUGCCCACUUCCUCAUGCAAAGCCUUAAGAUGUAAGCCAGAGUAUUUAGUUCUUGCUGUUCACAAUUUUAGUACAUUCCGACAUUGCCUGAGAACUUUUGGGAUAAGUGGUGUGGUAAAUAAGCACAUGGUCAUUAUCUUUGUAUGUAGAAUUGAUGUGUUCAAGUUCAACCCAUGGGUAUAAUGGUAUUAAAGCUGGUUUACCAUACUGAUGGUUAGAUUUGUCUCUCCUGCCCGUGGAGAGGAGGGGACAAGAAUAUCUAGAUUUUUAACCUGGUGUUGGGAGGGGGUGUGAGUAAAGUCCCUCAUUGUCUGGGAACUUUUGGGAAUAAUUGGGAUGUGUAGUAUAUUGAAUAAAAACAGAACACCUUCAGUAAUUAUCUCUUCUCUAAAUCUUAUGAUAAGGUUGACUGGAAUUUAAGUGAGCAGGUACUUUAUGAAAUCUGACUUCCUCCAUCACUUACCAAACUGAUCAUGAGUUGCAUAACCUCUAUUAGUUAUCAAAUCAUUGUUAAUGGAGAGCUAUCUGAGUCUUUUACUAGUGGUAGAGGUCUAUGACAAGGAGAUCCUCUUUCUCCUUCUAUGUUUCUGUUGUGCAUGGAAAAAUUGUCACCCUUAAAUCUCUUCUGCUGUGGAAGUGGGGCAAUGGAAGCCUUUCCCUUCAUUCCAACCUGGUCCUUUUUCGGGCUUCCCAAUUGUUUGUUGCAGGUGAUUUAUAUAUUGUUAUUCUCUGAAGCAAGUGUUAAGCAUGCUAGGGUUCUGAAGAAAUUCCUGGAUAUAUUUGGUGCUUUAUUUGGACAAAGAGUGAAUUUUGAGAAGUCACUUGUGUACUGCUAUCCUAACAUCAAUAGCUCUCUUGCUUCUGAAAUAAGCUCUGUCAAAAGGCAUAGGCAAGCUGAGAUUUCAGCAAGCGGAUCAAGGGCUUUGGUCUCUGAUUUCUCCAUCCUAUGAAAAAACCUCAAAAUUACUCAAGCACAUGGACUACUGUGGUCUUUGGCUCUCAUCUGUUGAAACAAGGUUUAAAAUGGA